GAGCGGCGGCGGGACGCGGCAACUUCGGCUGCAGCGGAGGAGCCGGAGCCCUGACCGCAGCGGCGGCCGCCGCCUCAGCCCGCGCCUGCCCUGCCCGAGGAGGGAGAGCCCCGCCGCCUCCCCGGCCGCCGGACAUGUCGGAGCAUAAGGCCGUUGAUCCCAAGUUAUCGACGACGGACAGGGUGGUGAAAGCUGUCCCAUUUCCUCCAAGUCACCGGCUCACAGCUAAGGAAGUGUUUGAUAAUGAUGGAAAACCUCGUGUGGAUAUCUUAAAGGCACACCUUAUGAAAGAAGGGAGACUGGAAGAGAGCGUUGCUUUGAGAAUAAUAACAGAGGGAGCUUCAAUUCUCCGCCAGGAAAAAAAUUUGCUGGACAUAGAUGCACCAGUCACAGUUUGUGGAGACAUCCAUGGUCAGUUCUUUGACUUGAUGAAACUGUUUGAAGUGGGAGGUUCUCCUGCGAACACGCGGUAUCUCUUCCUGGGGGACUACGUGGACAGAGGGUACUUCAGCAUUGAAUGUGUGCUGUACUUGUGGGCCUUGAAAAUCCUUUACCCCAAAACACUGUUUUUACUUCGUGGGAAUCAUGAAUGUAGACAUUUAACAGAGUAUUUCACGUUUAAGCAAGAAUGUAAAAUCAAAUAUUCAGAACGUGUAUAUGAUGCCUGCAUGGAUGCCUUUGACUGCCUUCCCUUGGCUGCUCUGAUGAACCAACAAUUCCUGUGUGUUCAUGGUGGCUUGUCUCCAGAGAUCAACACCUUAGAUGACAUCAGAAAAUUAGAUCGAUUCAAGGAACCACCUGCAUAUGGACCUAUGUGUGACAUCCUGUGGUCAGACCCGUUGGAGGACUUUGGAAACGAGAAGACUCAGGAACACUUUACUCACAACACAGUCAGGGGGUGCUCGUACUUCUACAGUUACCCUGCUGUAUGUGAAUUCCUACAGCACAAUAACUUGUUAUCUAUACUCCGAGCUCAUGAAGCCCAGGAUGCUGGGUACCGUAUGUACAGGAAAAGCCAAACAACAGGCUUCCCUUCACUAAUCACAAUUUUUUCAGCACCAAACUAUCUAGAUGUAUACAAUAACAAAGCUGCAGUAUUGAAAUACGAGAACAACGUUAUGAAUAUCAGACAGUUCAACUGCUCCCCUCAUCCGUACUGGCUUCCAAACUUCAUGGAUGUGUUUACCUGGUCCUUGCCAUUUGUGGGUGAGAAAGUGACAGAGAUGCUGGUAAACGUGCUGAACAUCUGCUCAGAUGAUGAAUUGGGGACAGAGGAAGAUGGGUUUGAUGAAGAUCCCAUUUAUGCACAGAAGAAAGGAGCAACAGCUGCUGCUCGAAAGGAGGUUAUAAGGAACAAGAUAAGAGCAAUAGGAAAAAUGGCUAGAGUUUUCUCAGUGUUAAGAGAAGAGAGUGAAAGUGUGCUGACGCUGAAAGGUUUGACUCCAACAGGAAUGCUGCCCAGUGGUGUGCUCUCUGGAGGAAAACAAACACUGCAAAGCGCUACUGUUGAGGCUAUUGAGGCUGAUGAAGCUAUCAAAGGAUUUUCACCCCAGCAUAAGAUCACUAGCUUCGAAGAGGCCAAAGGCUUAGAUCGAAUUAAUGAGCGAAUGCCUCCACGCAGAGACGUGCCAUCCGAUGCCAACCUUAACUCCAUCAACAAGGCAAUCUCCACAGAGACUAAUGGCACGGACAGCAACGGCAGUAAUAGCAGCAAUAUUCAGUGACCACUGUCUGGGAGGGGGGUUGAGCUGCAGGGCGCGAUGGGGUUGCUGCACAUCAGCAGUGGGAUGUUCUUGCCUCUGGUGAUAGCUUACUUGCUCUGGGGGCCAGAUGUUGGAUUCAGUUUACAAAAAUCAUCUACGAAGAGAUCGUCAACUUUA